AUGAAGCCUCUUCGCAUCCUCAUUGCACCCUCGGGCUUUAAAGAAAGCCUCGAGCCAGACGAAGCCGCCGCCUGCAUCGAAAAGGGCAUCAGGCGAGUACUGGACAACGCAACGUCCAUUGUCCGCCGGAUGCCCGUCCACGAUGGCGGCGAAGGCUUCUGCAACGCCCUCGUCGCCGCCAAGGGGGGCGAAAUUCGUCCCAUGACGGUGCUGGGACCGCACAAGACGCCCAUUCCCUCGCACUACGGCGUCAUCGGCGAGGACAAGCGCACCGCCGUCCUGGACAUGGCGAGCGCAGCCGGCUUGCGGCUCGUCCGCCGAGACUGCCGGGACCCGACGGCCACGACGUCAUACGGCGUCGGCCAGCUCAUAGCCGCCGCUCUCGACGAGGGCUGCACCAAAAUCAUCAUCGGGUGCGGAGACUCCGGCACCUCGGACGGCGGCGCCGGCAUGCUCCAGGCGCUCGGGGCCCGGCUGCUCGACGACAACGAUCAAGAGUUGCCCACGGCCGCGGGCGGCGGCUCUCUGAUACACCUGCGCAGCAUCUGCCUAGACGGCCUUCAUCCGCGCCUCCUCGAUUCCCGCUCAGGCGGGCAGGCCAUCGAGAUGGAAGCCGUGUGCAACAUCAAGAACAUCCUCUGCGGCAGCAACGGCGUCGCCCGCGUCUACGGGCCGCAAAAGGGCGCAACACCCGCCCAGGUGAACGUCUUGUCGCGAGCCAUGGACAAUCUUGCCCGUGUGGCAGCCCCCCUCCUCGGAUACGACAUGUCGAGCGCCCCCGGUGGUGGCGCGUCCGGCGGCCUCGGCGCCGGCCUCCUUCUGCUCGGCGCCCGUCUCCGGCCGCGAGUGGCUGCCAUCGAUGAAUAUUUCCAGCUGCAGCAGACGCUCGACUCUCGCUGGGACAUUGUCUUUACGGCCGAGGGCGCGCUCGACUCCCAGUCCACAAAGGGGAAGAUGACGGGCGAAGUUGCGCGGAAAGCGAGGGCGCAGGGGGCAUGUGUGAUUGCCUUGGUGGGCACAAUUAGCACGGGCGCAAAUAGCGUCUAUGAGGAUGGGUUCUCGGCCUUUUCGAGUAUCCUAGACUCUCCGCUGAGCUUGGACGAUGCUAUACAGCAGACGGCGAGCCUGCUCACCUCUGCGGCGGAGCGGACCAUGAGGGUCGUCCAGGUUGGUCUGUCUCUUCAAUCGCGGGAUGGCCUGUAG